GGCUCCAGCAUCCACAAGCUAUUCAGCAAAGAAUCCCAAAAAGAUUCCAUCUCUACUCCAGAAAUAAAAAAAAAAAAAAAAAAAGGAAAAGAAAUAUGUCACUUUCUUCCUGUGUUGCCUGCGGCCUUUUCCUCCUCUUGAACCUUCAGCUGUUCAGCACAUAUCCUGUUAGCACCAGCCUGACGUCCAGUGACAUGGACAUCUUAAGGGUGCUCCUGAAUACACUCAAGGAGUCGCUUCCGGAGCAGACUGAGAUGCAACAGAGGCUCUCUGCAGAGAAGGACAACACUUUUGAUAACCUGAACAGAGACGCUGAUGCACAGCAGCCACAGGACGCUUUGGAUGAAGCUUCAAUCCGAGAGUUUCUCUCAGCCAAAAAUCUGAAGAGCAUGCGCAGUGACUCCACCAGAAGAUCUUCUAACUGCUUUGGUCGCCGUAUGGACCGAAUAGGGUCCAUGAGCUCCCUAGGCUGCAACAGUGUUGGCAAAUACAAUCCCAAAUCAUGAUCAAGUCUUAACAUCAAGGACCUUGUGGAACUGCAAUUUCACUCCCAAAUGUUAUUUAGUACUCACUUGAUAUUUAUUAUACCCAAUAUUUAAAGUCAGUUGUUUGUGCAUUACAUGUUUAUUUAUUUUAAUGUAUGCAAAAUUUAAGUUCAUGCUCUAAAUGUUUCAAUAAAUGUUUACAACAGCAGCUGACUG